UUGACGGAAACUGAUCUGAAAGAGAAGGAAUGGCCGGAGCACAGUCUGGUGUACACGUUGUACAGCUUAAACCCAUUGUGGUACCCCCAGCACUCCAAGAGGGCAACAAAUUCGUGAGGUGGGACGAUGAUUCAACAGUUGGUACUCCAGUGACUCUUAGAGUGGAUAAAAAUGGAUUCUUUCUCUAUUGGACGGAUCAAAACAACGAAACAGAAUUUCUGGAAAUAUCGACUAUCAGAGAUAGCAGAACAGGGAAAUACUGCAAAACACCUAGGGAUGGGAAAUUAAAGGAUUCUAUCACCAUGGGAGCCCCAGAUACCCCACUAGAAGACAAACAAGUACAAAUUAUUUUCGGACCAGACAUGGUAAACACCACAUGUGUCAAUUUCAGCUGUAACUGUAAAGAAGUCGCACAGCUGUGGACGGAUAACUUAUUAAAGAUGGCUUACAAUCUCAUGGCUAACAAUGCCCCGGCCACUGUGUUCCUAGAAAAAGCCCACACAAGAGUGCAGCUUUUAACCGACAAAGAAGGCAAAAUACCGGUUAAAAACAUACAGAAGAUGUUUGCUCAGCACAAAGACGAUAAAAAAAGAGUUGAAAAAGCUUUGGAAUCUUGUGGCCUUCCAUUUGGGAAGAAUGACACCAUCCCAUCUGAAAAACUAACCAUCGAUCUUUUCUUCAACUUCUACCGGAAUCUUCUUUGUCGAGAUGAAGUGGAUAAAAUCUUCGAAAGGCUGUGCGGCGGCAAGAAGAAAGGCAUGACCGUGGACCAGCUGGUGGAGUUCCUCAACAAAGAGCAGAGGGACCCGCGGCUCAACGAAAUCCUCUACCCCUAUGCGAAUCCGGCCAGGGCCAGGGACAUCAUCCGGCAAUACGAGCCCAACAAGAGCAUGGCGCAGAAAGGGCUGCUAUCUGAAAAUGGAUUCCUGAGAUACCUCAUGGGUGAAGACAACCCAAUUGUUUCAUUGGAAAAGCUGGACAUCAACCUCAACAUGGAACAGCCACUCAGUCAUUAUUUCAUCAAUUCUUCUCACAACACCUAUCUGAGUGGACAUCAGCUGACCGGGAAGUCUUCCGUUGAGAUGUAUAGGCAAACCUUGCUUACGGGGUGCAGAUGCGUGGAGCUGGAUUGUUGGAACGGUAGGAACUCGGAUGAAGAACCCAUCAUUACGCAUGGAUACACCGUCGUAUCGGAUAUAUUGCUAAAAGAAGUUCUUGAAGCGAUAGCUGAUUGUGCUUUUAAGACAUCAGAUUAUCCCGUGAUUCUGAGUUUUGAAAACCACUGCUCGACAAAGCAGCAAGCAAAAAUGGCCAUGUACUGCAGAAAAAUAUUUGGAGACAUGAUUAUCACCGAGCCUUUCGGAACGCAUCAACUAAAUCCAGGUCAACUGCUGCCAUCCCCGACGCAACUGACGAGGAAAAUCAUUAUAAAAAAUAAAAAGAAGCACUUUCCAAGAGCUCCAGACCGCGCUUCAAAAGGUUCGACCUCUCGAGACGACUCGAGUCAACCAAUGACUCCCGAGCGCACAAAGACGUCGUCUGUGAGCAGCCCCCUGUCCGGGGAUGAAAACGACCCGGGUGGGGGUGCAGACGAUAAGAUUGACGCUGUAGACGAAUCUGACACCGACCUCGGUUCGGACGAAGAGGAGCCCGAGCCACUAGAAGAUACAGAGGAGGCGGCUAAGGAAUCUGAAGCCGGUGCAGAAAUGUCAGCCCUCGUAAAUUAUGUUCAACCAGUUCGCUUUCAUUCUUUUGAAUAUGCUGAAAGAAGAAACAGAAGUUAUGAAGUUUCAUCUUUUGUAGAGACACAUGCUACAAAUCUUCUGAAAGAGCAUCCCGUGGAAUUUGUCAACUACAACAAACGGCAGCUAAGCAGAAUAUAUCCUAAAGGAACCAGAGUUGAUUCCAGUAAUUAUAUGCCACAGGUCUUUUGGAAUGCUGGCUGUCAAAUGGUGGCUCUGAAUUACCAAACUUUGGAUUUGGGUAUGCAGCUAAAUUUAGGAAUUUUUGAAUACAACGGUCGUUGCGGGUAUCUACUGAAACCAGAUUUCAUGCGAAGAGCAGACCGGAAAUUCGAUCCUUUCAUCGAAUCAACGGUAGAUGGCAUCAUUGCGGGGACCGUCAGCGUCAAGAUUAUAUCUGGCCAAUUUUUGUCGGAUAAGCGAGUCAGCUCUUACGUCGAAGUGGAUAUGUAUGGUCUGCCAGCCGACACGGUGCGCAGAAAAUUCCGAACGAAGACGAUCCCGAACAACGGAAUAAAUCCGGUCUAUGACGAAGAACCAUUCGUCUUCACCAAGGUUGUCCUUCCGGACCUGGCGUGUCUGCGCAUAUCUGUGAAUGACGAUAAUGGCAGAUUGCUUGGCCAUAGAGUGCUUCCAGUAGUAGGAUUGAGGCCAGGCUACCGUCACAUCUGUCUUCGAAAUGAAGUCGGUCAACCCCUCACACUCAAGACUCUAUUCGUGCACAUCACUGUGAAAGAUUAUGUUCCAGAUGGGCUCUCAGAGUGGGCAGACGCUCUGGCCAAUCCCAUAGCUUUCCAAUCGAUGGUCGAAAAACACGCCCAGCAGCUCAUGGCUCUCACCGAUGACUUGGAAGACGAGGUAGGAGACGAUCCAGACAAGGGCAUGGAGACCGGAGUCAAGAAGGCAGCACAACCUCAGAAAUCGAUCCCCAAAGCAAAGUCCGAAGAGAGGACGAAACCCGGUUCGUCGAUCGACGAAGCCACGGUUUCGUCGACUGCACAGAGACACGCCACAAUGAAUGGAACGGUCCCCAAGCAAGUUUCUGUCGGGUCUACUUCGCCAGUCCCCGCCAAAGCUCAAGACUCCAACCGGAGACUCAAUCAACCCAAUUCUGGACUUACAGAAGAGGGUCAGGAUAAAAUUCAAUCGCUGCUAGAAUCUGAAGAAGCUAAUAUCUCUGCAGAAUCUAUAGAUAUAAUACGCCAGCACAAACUCGUCGCGAAGAUCACCUUAAAGUUGGAAAAAGAGCUUCAGGCAUUAAAAAAGAAGCAGGAAAAGGUCCGGGAGCGAGAGGUGGAGCAGUUGCAAGCCAAGGAGGCGAAGAUCUUGCGGACGCCGGACAACGUGAACAGCAGAACGCAUAAUAGGUUCGUCAGAAAGUUUUAUUCUCCAUGUUGGAACCCACGCCGGCAGCCGAAAAGGGUUGGCGAAGUGGACAGCCCCAUCAUUCCGCCCGAACAGCGAGCGAAGCUGGAAGAUGUUCGGAAGAAUUUUUCUCAAACAAUGUUUGCCUUAACGAAGGAGCAUUUUCAUUCUGAGAUGGAAAUCUAUUCCAAGUAUCAAGAACCCUUGUACUCUGCAAUAGACAAAGCCAUGCAGCUCUCUCAAACAGCUCAACUCGAUCGGCUUCAAAGCCUACAUGACCGGGAGGUGAGUGAGCUAAUGAAGCGACUAGAUUCUCAGACGAAGGAGGAACUCCGGAAAAUGGUCAUUAGUAAAAAGUACAAAGACAAAAAUGAAUUGUCCAGGAUAAAAAGGGAACUUCAUCAAAAACUUAUAGAUACUGCGGUAGCCGAGAGACAAAGGUUUAGCAGCUUGUUGGAGAAAAAAUUAGCAGAAUUAAGUCGUCAGCAUUCGAAUGUGAAGAAUAGCUUCGAGGACGAAAGGUCGAACGCACAGACCAGACUCAAGGCGGAAUACGAGGAGAAGUGUGCCAAACUCGCAAAGGAAUUCGAGAAAAAUUCCAACUUCUUUCUGACAGCGUCGGACGCUGUCGAGAGUACCAAAUUAUGAGGUUUUUCAAGCCAGACAUGGAACUAAUGUGUUCUCUCCAACGAACAGCGGUAAAGUCGCAGUGCAGACAGCCUGUUUCUGAAAGUUCGGAUGUUCCAUUCUCGAAUUUUUCGUCUUGUUGUUGUCACCCAUCGUUCACUCAAGGGAGGUACUGAACACAGGAUGCCUCUUUUCGAUAGGAUAUAUCUCCAGACAAUGUCGUGCCAUUUCUACCCAACUUCUACUCCUUGUCGCCUCUUGAAUCUUUUCCAUCGAACGAUUCGCUUUUUUUUAUAACUUAAUGAUUGGUUGUUCGCAUGUAAAAGAAAUUCCCUUGAUGUCCCGAGAUGUACCAAACAAAAAGCACAGAGCGUGAUUAAAACUAUAAAUCCUAUUUUAAGUUUUCUAAUGCCGAUUUUAUGGCGGUAAGUUCUCUGGACGCAUUUUCCGCACAAGAACAAAUAGUGAAUUGAAAUUCAAAAAAAAAAAAAAAUAAUAAAAUCUGCACGAAUAAAAUACAGAUAAGAACCCUCUCGACCAAGUCACGAUCAAGGGAAAAAAACUUUUCUCCUGUUUAAGAGUUUCGAUGCAGCAGACACAGGUACACAGACACACAGAUAUAUGCACGCUGAACUAAUAAUUCCCCUCUUUUUGUGUGGCGGGUUAGAAACUUUAAAGUAGUUAAGUGCGCAGCACAGCAUUG